CAGUACAUGUGUAGCUUGUGAUAGUGUAACUUAUUAAUUGGAAAGUUAAACAUGAAACUGUGUCUGGCUCUCAUUGUUGUGCUGGCGGCGGCGGCGGUUACCUUGGCCGUGGAGAAUGGCCCGCUGAUGAAUAUACUUCAGCCAGUCGAGGCCCGUGAAAUUGAAGAAGGUGUUCAGGCGCAGAACAACAGGCCGAAAAGAUUCCUCUUAGGAGCUGGAGCUCUCGGCGCUGGAGUCGCUGGAGUAGCUGGUCUCGGUGCAGUUGGUCUAGGAGCUGGUCUGAUUGGUGCUAAGGCUGGGUUAAUCGGUGGUGCUUUAGUCGGUAGUGCCCUUCACGGCAGGAGUUUCGGUGGGGGCUACGGCGGAGGAUAUGGACACGGCGGCGGAUACGGAUACGGAGGCGGACACGGAUACGGCGGCGGAUACGGAUACGGUGGCGGAUACGGCGGUUAUCCUUAUGGAUACGGAGGUUACGGCCAUGGAUACAGGCGCUACUACCCAACGACGUACUACGUAUCCGACCCCUGGUGCUGAUAAUGUUAUAAUUUCUAGUUUAUAAAUAAUAUUUUUCGAAGUGUGCUAGAGAUGUGUGACUAUCUCGCGACUGAUAAACGCUUUAGUUUUUAAGAUAAAUAAAAUGAUAACAUUUUAAACAA